AUUAUUUACAGCCCCCCUAACAACACACAGGCCUUUCUCUCUCUCUCUGCGCUGAUCACCAGGAGCCUCAUUCGUGGUUUCUUUUUCCCCUCAUCGCCAUUUUUUCAGCUUUCAGACGGACACGGCUCGGUGGUAAAUAAUAAUUUUUGAUAAUAAGAAAUAAUGGACAAUGACUACUCGCCCGGCUUGGAGAACCCUCUGUACAGCGAGCUAAAAUACUUCUGUAGGAAAAUACAGGAGGCUUACAACGAGCUGAAGGAGGACCUCACUCCUUAUCGUGAUGAUCGAUUUUAUAGGCUGGCCCCCAUGCGGCUCUARACUUUGUCUAAAAGACAUUUUGUCUUGGUUUUUGUGGUGUUCCUGGUCUGCUUUGGCCUCACAGUCUUCGUUGGAAUCGCAGGUCCGAAGAUCACUUUUGAGCAGGAGCACAAUGGUGAWCAAUUGGUGAUUAAAAAUGCUUCUGUAAAGACUGGACCCUUUAGUCUAGAUUCUCCUCCUCUCACCACCUACAACCAGCAGCUGUGGCUCACCUGUGUGAUGCAGACUGAAAACAACAUUGGAGACUUCAAGCAGCCGUUUGAGAUAAACGUUGACCUGAAGGGAGUGGUGCACGACGCCAGCGUGAGGCACAUCAAGACCGUGCAGCAGAAAUCACGGACACUCCACUGCGGCGCUAAAUGUGAUGAAAUCAUUGUGCUGCAUUUGGGUUACCUGAACUACACCAAAUACCAGGCUACAGUCAGCUUCAAGGGUCUCGUAAACAUCACCUAUGAUAUCAAGGUCAAAUUUUUGUGGAAAACAUACAAUCCCACCUUCUCACAAGUGGAAAUAUGGUUUCGGUUCGUUUUUGUGGUGCUAACCUUCAUGGUGACAUGCAUGUUCGCUCACUCAUUGAGGAAGUUCUCCAUGAGGGACUGGGGCAUCGAGCAGAAGUGGAUGUCGAUUCUGCUCCCGUUGUUGCUGCUGUACAACGAUCCAUUUUUCCCGCUGUCGUUCCUGGUGAACAGCUGGUUUCCGGGGACGUUGGACGCUUUCUUUCAGGCUCUCUUCUUGUGUGCCCUCCUGCUCUUCUGGCUCUGCGUCUACCACGGCAUCAGAGUUCAGGGCGAGAGGAAAUUCCUCACAUUCUACCUGCCCAAGCUGAUCAUCGUAGGGCUUCUGUGGCUCUCUGCAGUCACACUUGGCAUAUGGCAAACGGUUAAUGAGCUCCAGGAUCCUACCUAUCUGUACAAAGUGGAUAUCGCAAAUUUUCAGGGUAUGAAGGUGUUCUUCCUGAUUGUUGUGGUCUUCUACAUCCUCUACCUGAUAUUUCUGAUCGUCAGAGCUUGUUCUGAGCUGAAGAACAUGCCUUACUCGGAUCUCAGGCUAAAGUUUUUGACAGCGRUGACGUUUGUAGUCCUCAUAAUAAGCAUGGUCAUUCUGUACCUGAGGUUUGGUGCCAAGGCUCUUCAAGAUAAUUUUGUGGCAGAAUUGUCUACUCAUUAUCAAAACUCAGCUGAAUUUUUAUCCUUCUUUGGUCUGCUCAACUURUACUUGUACACAUUAGCGUUUGUGUACUCUCCCUCAAAAAAUGCCCUUUAUGACUCUCAGCUGAAGGAUAAUCCYGCGUUCUCCAUGCUGAACGACUCAGACGACGAAGUCAUUUACGGGAGUGAUUACGAGGACAUGCCUUUACAAAAUGGACGCGCUAACAAAGUAACGGCCAAAUAUCAGGAUGAYAGCGACAGCGACUGAUGGGUCUAAUGGGAAAUGCCUCUUCUUGUUUGAAACUACGGUGAUUCAUUGCAAAAUUAGCUUGUGCACAAACAGAGGUGCAAGUAUAACUUAAAAUAACAUAAGUGUAAAUAGAUAUAUUUUUAAAAGAUGAACCGUCUCUGCUGAAUGUACUGUACUUUUGAAAGGUGAGGUGACCACUUUAAAAAAAACAACUGAAAAUACAGUUUUUACUGAUAUUAUCAACUUUUCCUCUCAUAACCAGCACUUCUUGACAGGAUGAUUAAAAAUGACCAGGAAAAGUGUUACUAAGAGUUGAGAGGUUUGUAUUUUUAAUUAUGUUAAAGCAAUGUUGUCUCUUAAUGCUCAUGUUUAUAUCAUUCCGUUCUGCUCUCUGAGUCGGAGGAUCAGUUUGUGUAGUGAUGGCAGGAAUGAAAACACGUUUGUCCACUUUAUUCUCCGAAGUGUUGAAAAACACAGGAAGAGCCUCGGCUAAAGSAGGUGCCACUGGUCUUACUAUUUUUUGAAAAGCAGCUGUAAAUUUGCACUUUUCACACUUUUUKUUUAUGUUGCCAAACAGUGAUUUAUUAUGGUAUUAUAAGAUGUAGAUAGAUGCAUUUUCAUGAGUUACGUGACUUUUUCCUCCACUCAGUGCUAAUGGGACGACAAACCUGCUACUUAACGGUUUCUUAUCCCAGCAUGUACAGUACUCAUUUUUGGGCAAAUAAAGCUUUGCCUUUGUUGAACAUAUAAAGUGAUCAGUUUCUUGAUAACUUUACUCCCUACUUGCUUUAUUUUCUUUGUUUUUUUUAAGUCUUAUGGAGCUUCUGGACAAAAAAAAAACAGCCAAAGCAAAUGUAUUUUUGUUGUAAACAGAUGUGAUUUAAUCAAAAUUGGUGCCUUGUGUUCUUUUUUUCCCAUUUUAAAUGAGUGUUUAAAUAUGUAGAUGUAUGACUAGUUUAUGUUUAAGGUGUUUAAAUUGGGUUGUUUUUGAAAUGCUGCUUCUCUAUGACUUAAAGGCUGUACAUGUAGCUGUGUUGUGAUGUGUAUAUAAAGCAAAAUAGAUAUGACUUAGUAAUGUAAUCAGUUGCAGUAAAAAGCAUUAAAUCUAGCUUAAAUUUCU